AAGUUGUUUGUAUCUGAAUUAUCCACACAUCGGAUUCGUCAUGAUCAGACUAUUUACAAUAAGUCCACCAGCAAUUGUUUAGAAUGCUCCAUAACUACACACAAAGUGCAACUGCAGUCCUUAUAACCAAAUUAAGCUACUACUUUCUAUGAAACGGGUGCACUUCUACUAGUCGGUUGUUUAAUAUUUACAAUUUGCCGACUUUGUUCGCUCUUUCUUAUCCAUCCCUUUCUAAAUCGAAUGCGACAAGUUCGACCUCUGUGCGAUGAUUUCUCGUUCAUAGCCAGCAAAGAUCACAAUUUUGUGCUGGUGUAACUGCUUCGGCUGCCGCUGUAGUGGCAACGGCAGUGGCAGCACUGAGGAAAAAAUACGCCGUUCCGGCGGGUAAGUGCCGGUCAGUGUUGGCUAUUGUCGGCAUGGUCAAUUCAAUCACCUGCUGAGUGUGGCGGCUAUUUUGCGCCACAGGCACGGGCCGUAAGAGCAUUUGUUCUGUACACGACCAGCCGCAGCAGCUGCUGCCGCAAUAACAGGUCUACAGCAAUGCGUCAUCGAGUGGCUACUGGUGGCAGUAUUGCAAACACGUUGUUUUCGGCUGCUCAAAGAGGUACCGGUGGAGGACCCAUAGUAACAGUUGAACAGCGGUACGAUGGCAGUGUAGCUAGUACCGGGCGCCACUAAAAGAACGAUUUUGCGCACGAUGUUUUGCCUCUUAAGAAGGUCCCAUUGGGCUGUGCGUGUCGGAGGGAGGUGUAGUUGAAAUCAGCUCGUUAAGUUAUUGCUAACUAAUCAUGGAUGUAGAACGAAAGUAGGUGACUGCGUAUGUAUGUGCAGGUGUGUCUAUAUUGUGUACGUGCCGGUUAGCGGAAUCUCUCGAAUGUGCCUUAAGCUGUGAGUGGUUAAAAAUCAUGUUGCAUGCGUACAAAGGCCGCACACUUUUUGCGACCUUGGUCGCCCGGGCCUCUCUUCCGGCCAGUUCGACAACCGUUCGUUCAAUAUCUUCAGAUAAUAAUCCCAAAAUGAAGCUCGCUCUUGGUCCGGUCGAGCGUAAACCAUUCAUUAAAGAACUCUUCAUAGGAAAUUUUGAUAAGCGGUUUCUCACCUUCCCUGAAAUCCUUGACGAAGAACAAGUGGAUUCUAUUACUGCUAUGCAUGACACUGUGUUCAAAUUCAUGACCGAAAAGGUCGACUCCGCUAAGUUGGAUAAUACCGAAAUUGUGCCCGAUGAGGUGAUAAAUGGAUUGCGUGAGUUAGGACUUUUCGGCCAGCAGGUUGACCCCGAUUACGGCGGUUUGGGAUUGACAGCAACAGAAUACGUUCGAUUAAAUGAAGCUAUAGGCCUGGAUGGUGCUCUGACAACGACUCUGAUGGCACACAACUCCAUUGGAAUCAAAGGAAUUAUCAUGUACGGUACCGAAGCGCAAAAGAAGAAAUAUCUACCAAAAAUUGCUUCGGGCGAAUAUAUCGCAUCUUUUGCUCUUACAGAGCCAAAUAGCGGAUCGGACGCUGCUUCGAUCACCACCUCAGCGCGUCUAAGUCCGGAUGGCAAACACUAUAUACUCAAUGGACAGAAGCUAUACAUUACAAACGGUGCUUGGGCCGAUGUUAUGACCGUAUUCGCUCGCAAUGACACCCUCACCGAAAAAUUGGGCAAAACUAAACUGACAGCGUUUAUUGUCGAAAAGAGCUUCGGAGGCAUCACGACUGGCAAAGCUGAGUCAAAACUUGGUAUUAAGGCUUCAAACACCGUACCUGUAUUUUUCGAAAAUGUUAUGGUCCCUGUUGAGAACAUACUUCAUAACGAAGAAGACGGAUUCAAGGUUGCUGUAAACAUUCUAAAUACGGGUCGUUUUGGAAUGGCCGGUGCUCUAGCCGGCGCCGCUAGAGUUGGCUUGAAUCAGUCAAUUGCGUACGCUACUCAGCGGAAACAGUUUAAGAGGAACAUUUCUGAGUUCGAAUUGAUUCAGAAAAAAUUUGCACAACUUGCUCAGGACAUUUAUGCCAUGGAGUCGAUGGCUUACAUGACAACCGCAAUUGUCGAUAAUGUGAAAGACGCAGAUUAUCCGCUUGAAGCCGCAUGUGUCAAAAUCUUCGCUUCAGAAGCGGCUCUCAGAUGCGCGUCCGAGUUUAUUCAAAUUCAUGGCGGCUCUGGAUUUUUAAAGCAUCUGCCUUUUGAGCGCGGAUUCCGUGAUGCCCGGAUCACGAUGAUCUUCGAAGGAACCAACGAAAUCUUGCGUAUGCUUGUUGCUCUGUUAGGGAUCCAACAUGCUAGUGACCACCUCAAACAAAUGAUGAAGAUCUGGGGUAAUCCCGUGGGUAAUCCAAAGGCCGCUUUUAACAAGCUGGUUGACAGAUUCCGUGACCAUAUCGACAGUCCGGCAUUAACACUCGGCUUGAGGUAUGCGGUACAUCAUACACUCGCUGAUGAAGGCCAAAAUCUGGAAUACUGCGCGAAGCGACUGCAGUAUCUCGUCGAAUGGUCCCUACAAAAAUACGGUAAAAACGUUAUUGAACAGCAAAUGCUUCUUGAAAGAAUUGCUGACAUCGUUAUAGAUAUCUACGCGGUGACCGCCGUCUUGGCCCGGGCGAGUCGCACACUUCAACUUCGUGCUCAGAGUAGCCCUCUGGAUACUGCGCUUGCACAGGCCUUCUGCUACGACGCACAGCUUCGAAUAAAGCAAAAUGUUGCCGAAGCCCUUAAGGGCGAUACCGACAAUAAUUUUGCAAGGUACCGAUUGAUCGCGGGUCACAUGUUCAAAAAGGGACAAUAUGAUGCGCUGCACCCGUUAGCCAGGAGCUAGUUAUUACUCUGUUUAUUCGCUAUAUGGAAAAACGAAACAGUGAAUAGGUAACCCGUUAUAUUCCUUGGGUGUUGGAAAUAUACAGAUGUUAAACAUUUCGAAAGAGAUUUAUUAAGGAAAAUAGUGGCCCUUAAGAGCUUUGAAAAUGAGUUAGAAAAAGAAUUACAACUAUUUUAGUCAACAUAAAUAUUUGAGACUCAGCAUAUAACACUUGACUUGCUGUAAAUAUGCGAUCUAAAUUUUAUGUUUAUCCCUGAUAAAUAUAUUCCGAAUAAUAUAGAAUAAAUCAAAGGUAAGAAAAAUCUGGGAUUGUUUCGUAUCAUAGAUUUACCCGGUACUCCUAAACUUUUUAUUCUCUAUGAUGUCCUGUCAAAACUACCAGGAAGUGACUGUUACUGCCAUUGAAAAUUAAAUUCAGCGUCUAAUAAAUGGACUAAGAUUUAAAACAACUAAUUCUAUUGACGAAACGUAACGUUCUGUUAUUUUGAGUGUUCUAUAAACAUCCCUCAUGCGAUCUUUUCUGGUACGUUAGCAGAAGAUGUCGCGAUCGACAAACUUGCCAAACCGAAUCAAGUUCAAACAAACCUUUAGCCUUUUGCAGAGCUUAAACGAAGAUUAUCUUUAUAUGCGUGCGAAAGCCUCUCGGUGUGGAUACUAACACAAAAGAUGAGAUUUCUGAGUCGUUCCUCUUAACGUUGUGUUGGUCUCUAGAUUAUUCGAACGGCUCACAGAAUAAAGAAUUUUAGUAUGCUAUUUAAAUGAUGUAUUGCAUUUUUUUAUGCAUUGGUAGUUUAUCACACAUGUUAGUUAAUGGCGUUGUUGCUAGUCACGAAGCAAGUGAAACAAGUUGCCGAAAUAACAAAGGAGCGUAAAGCGAGUACCAACAUUGAAGCCUGAUUAAGGCCAUUCAGUAGGAUGUUUCCUAGAAUACUAUCUUCGUCGUGUUCGUGGUGCGGAGGUACAACGAUUGUCUAAAACUGGCGUGUGAGCAUUGUUCAUGGGACUGAUGCGCAUUGGUUCGACGACGUAGCAUUAUUUUUUCCAUAAACUAAUAGGAGAAUUAUAGUGAUAUUUGCCUUAGUGGCUUAUAUGGCAUGCCACUGAAGGAUUGCAAGUCGUACGCUGCAAAGACUUAACAAAAGUCACCCGAAUGUUACUUCUUCUAAGACACUUUUAUUGCCUGCCUUUUAUUUUUACAACUAGCCGGCGUGGAGAAGUAGACGCAGGCUACUUUACAAAGUUUAAGCUUAAGUAUCUUUGACUAAGGAACCAAUUUUUUUGCGAUCAUUUUCAAGGAAGUACAAGGUUACAGCGGCUUUUUUAGGUACACUAUUUUAAGUGAACGAUGAACAGGAAUGUAAAAGAACAUGACAAACCACAUGCCCAAUUUCUAUGAACACGUAAAAAAAUAAACGGCCUUCAAGAAGAGCUGUUCUGGGCAGACAAUAAAAUUCAGCAAGAUUCGUUUUAACGAUAUCUAGCAAGGAGUUGUGUAGGUAUUUAGCACGCAUAGCACAAUGUCUUCCCAUUGAAGCCAGCUACUACAGCGAGAUUACCUAAAUCAAGCUCUGAAUAAACGUAAGCAACCAAGAAAAACCGAUGGAAUUUACAAUUCCGGACAAAGACUCUACAAAAAUUAACAAGUUUUUAAGCAAGGAUCAUGAGGCUUGUUUUUUUGUUGAGUUUUCAAGCCCGGCCCAGCUUACUUCGGUAAGUCAAUUGAUCCAAAUUUAAUUUAAGAACUUACUUACGAUUACGCAUACAAAUGAGCGUUUUGUGCCAUCCUAAUAAGAAAUUUACGCAAGUGUUUACCAACGUGUUAGUGAAACCAGUAAAAACCUACAGACUUCCACCGGUGGGUAAAUUUACGAAUCCCUAUGGAGUUUUGGCUUUUCGAAUAUAAAACUAUGGAAUUGUGUCUUACGCACUAGAGCGGUUGAUUGAAUUACUUCUGUCGUAUGUCGAUGAAAGAGUGACUUAUUGCAACGUUAAGGGAGUCUCGAAUGGAGUUUACAAUCGGAUCAUACAUAGCUAACGUGAGUGUUAAUUGAUAAAUGGAGAUAAUCAUAUUACUUCCGGGAACGAUUUCAAUAAUACUAUCCAGAAGUUUUUGCUGGAUAAUAAAAUUUCAAGACAUCCGUUUACGAUAACCGUUGUCGCAGUCAUGUUAUUGAUGGGUACAGUAAAUAUUCAUGCAAUAAAAUAUAUGCUUUAAAAAUUGAAUAAAACCUACAUAAUCUCUAUUGGAGAUUGAGGAAAAAUAAAGGCCUUAGUUAUUGGUACGCGUAAAUGAAAAGAAUGUAACCUUAAUGGGGAUAAUCAAUAUAGAACUGAGUUGGACCUUUUGCUCCAAUUAAUUGCUUACAUUUUGUUAGAAGUAUGCCAAGGAAGGGAUGCAGCGUAAUGCCAGAACUGCUGAAUAAAAUCUGUGGCAGGGGUUUAUUAUAUAAAAAGUAUCCUUAGCUUAUAUAUGAAAGAGGCUAUCCUAGCAGCAGGGGGGGGGGAGGGGGGUGAAGGCAUAACCUCAGCCAAAUGCAUAUCUGUCGGUCACCCGUUUCGACGAAUAACUGCGCCUGCACGUAUGAAACGUUCAACCGAAAAUAAUGAUUUCAUAAAAUAAAGCUUUACUGUAGAAAAAACUAUAAAAAAUAUGCGAUACUUGAAGCAUCUCUAAAAGUCGAUAUGUUUGUAUGUCGUUGUUUAUAUUCAACAGAUAUCCCUAGAGAUUGUCGUAGAAUAAUUGUAUGCGAUUACUUUUUUUUUUACCUGAAAGUCGUUACUAAUCGUGAGAUGCAUUAGUAAUACGAAUGUAUGGGACUCCUUUACGAUAUUGCAAUCAUAUCCUAUCGGAAAGUUUUGCCCAUUGAAGUUCCAAUCUUUCCAUUCUGUUUUUAUACAACUGAUGAAAAAAGCACCGGAAAACUAUUUAGAGAAAUAAUAGUAAUAAAAAAGAAGAGAAAAAUAUUUUUUAAGAGAUUUUUUUGGCAAAGCUUAAAUAGGAUGAGGGAUAGCUAAACACCUUCUCACAUUGAUCAGUUCGGCUGAAAAAAGCAACUAAAGAAACAAAAUAGCAGCCUUUCUUUUUCGCCGUACCUUCGCCUGUCCAACAGCUAUAAGUUUAAUGCCAAGCUAAAAGCAAAUCACGUUUUUAAAAUGUCGUUGAUUUAAACUAUGUUACAUGCUCACCUUGGGGCUCGCUAUAUGAGCUAGGACGAGAUAUGUUUACAUAUGCACGUGCUAUUUUGAGCUUAUAUGGAAAAAAAAAAUGCUAUCGACUGCUUAUUGUAUGGAAAAGUUGUAAAAACAAAGUUACCUGUAAGUGCAACUCACCAUAUUUUUAUCACAUAGUAGUAUAAUUACAUAUGAGUACAUAUGUCAUACUAAAUCAACGUGCUUACGUGUUAUACUGCAAAUAUUGCUUCUGAAAGAAAUCGUGACGUCGGUAUCCUCAUGGAGAAGCGUGGAAAAGAAAUACUAUCGUUGAUAUGACUCAAACGCAUCGUCAAGAUCGCAGCACGUUGCCGCCAAAUGUAUUCAUAAUUACGUUAUGUUCCAAAAUUACUUGAUCGCCGUUGAUCAACGUUCAAUGCUAUAUAUCAUUUGUUUGUUUGGAAGCAACCGAGAUGACAGCUCUCGCCUUGUUUCGUAAAAACUCAAGACAGUGCAUAUACACAACCACAGACCGAUAGAGACUUGGCACAGCCUGAAUCUGUACCAAAAAGCCGCGGCUUUUGAAUUGGGACUGAGCAGGACGACCAACCACAUUGCAAUGACAGCUCAAGGCUGUGGGAGAAGCUGCAGCAGUUGCUGGUGCUCCGGACGAGCUUACCUCGACAUACGGCUAUACGUGCCCUGUAUGCGAUGCACGUCAAAAGGCCACAGUAGCAACAUACGCGCGAUUGCCCAAUGACCAGGUUAUAUCAGGCUCAGAACGAGGUCAAUUGCGUACUAGUUUGCCAAGCAAUCGCGUUGGAUAGGUGACGUUCUUAGUACAUCAAAAUAAGCUUUUCUUGCGGCAACUUAAAAAAAUGCGCUUUGUUUGUACAAUGAGAAAGUAGUUGAAGAUUUUUUUUGAAAAUCUGAAAAUUUACUCCUCCGAGCACCUUUGAUCUAGGCGAGUUCGAGUUCUUUUUUUAUGGUAACGAACCUUUAAAAGCGAUUGCGUCUACAGGAACGAAGCUAGUUAAUUCAGAUGACAUUACAAUAAUGUAUAGUCUUUGUUAAAAUGCUCGUCCCCGUAUGCGCAAGUGGAAAUGGAAUUCUGCCGUCUUUCGCGUUCCCUAGGGCCACUGAAUAGAGGAGCCCUCAGUAAAUACACUGAUAGAAUUUUUUCUUUUCGGGUUUUCUUAACGGUAGCAUUUAAUAAAUUUUGGCCAUCCAGCCCCACGCUAACCUUAAUAAAAAGAUAAUUGGCCACAAUUACAGUAGUUUUUGUCUAUUAAUAGGUAUUAGCCUAGGUUAAGGCUAGGUGGUGGCGAAGGUAAUGAACGAAUGCAUUGAUGACAUGAAAUAAAGUCAUCUCGAGUGAGCUGUGAAAAGGCAAAGUGAGAGCGAGAGAAGGAGAUGAAAAAUCAAUAGAUAGGAAAGAGUCAAGGUAUAAGUGCCUAAAGACGGAGAUCAAUAGGUCAUGACUUGAUUAGAAUAGGGAAGGCGAGCAAACAGAGUACAAUGCGUGUAUAUAUUCAUUAAGUUUUUCAUAUUUAUUUAUUUUAAGAGCUAAAAACUCAUGAGAAAUGAAAUUGUCGACAAUCCCAAUGCCCAUCUACUAGUAGAAUUGAGUAAGGUCUACUGAUUUAUCGGCAUAAGCCUUAUCUGUUCCUUAAAAAAAGAAAUGAUCUCGCCUAUUGAUCUUCGACUGGACCAAUGUGUCAUGACGACAGCUAUGACGGAGUGUGUUCACAGCCCAACCUGCGCAUUCGAUCGCCAUUUCAAUGCUUCACUGGAGACAACAGAAACGCUUGUGUUAUUUAGUGUACGCUAAUCUUUUAUCAGAUAAUGCAUGUCUAUUUUAAAAGGGCGCUUGUCGACUAGGAAUCGCUUGAUAAAUAAUUAUGCCAUACUCAAGAGUAGAUAAAAAUUUGAGUUAACUCUCUUAACUGAAAAUAUUAAGAAUGAUUGCAGAUGCCAAUGAAGAAUCUACCGCUGAUAGAAUUGGGCACUUUUUUUUCCUUAAGAAGCAUGGUAUGUGCAACUUGUCAGUUUAGGGGCACAUUUAAUGCCAAAAGUAAGUCAUACACACAGAAAAGCUACUCUUUCUUUUCUAUGUUCUUUUAGAAGAAUUUUUUUAGUAGUUCGCUUAAUAAUCAUUACGUAAAUAAGCCAAAUGAUCUAGCGGUCAUCAUAGAAAUGCGUGAGAGCUUCAACGAAGUAAAAAAAAAAAAAAAAAGUUCUGAAAUAUCUGAAAUUUUCCGAUCGGGACUAUCCUUACUAACUUAGUGCAACUAUUGCAAACCAUGAAAACAUCCAACAAACGGUGGAUAGAGUUCUUCUAACUCAGAGCUAAAUCUAACUGUACAAUCUAAUAGCGCAUACUCAGAAAGUCUGUGACAGUGAUAAACGAUACCCCCAAACCUAGGUCAUAUAAACGAUCCAUAGUGUAUUAGACCGUAACACUUCUAUACUGUCGCUGUUGCAAGGCGAACCAUAGAUUAGUGCUACCAGUGUAAUGAUCGUUGUUACUGUUUAUUACCAUUAAGUAAGUUGAUGACGUAGGCUACUAACGAUGUCACUCUCUAUGAAUUUGUGUGCAAUAAAACGACGACGAGUGCGUGUAAAAUUGG